GCACACCUCGCCGCUGUCCUCCCGUUCGCCAGCGUGCGACGGUUCCUUCCGUGCUUUCCGCCCAGCAGCUUGGCUAAGCAGCGCAGGGGCGUGCAGCAUGUCGCGGCGGCGGCACAGCGACGAGAAUGAUGGGGGACAGCCUCACAAAAGGAGAAAGACCUCUGAUGCAAAUGAAACAGAAGACCAUUUGGAAUCUUUAAUAUGCAAAGUAGGAGAAAAGAGUGCCUGCUCUUUGGAGAGCAACCUAGAAGGCUUGGCUGGCGUUUUGGAAGCUGACCUUCCUAACUACAAGAGCAAGAUCUUAAGGCUUCUUUGUACAGUUGCACGUCUGUUACCCGAGAAGUUGACAAUUUAUACAACGUUAGUCGGACUGCUGAAUGCCAGGAAUUACAACUUCGGUGGAGAAUUCGUAGAAGCCAUGAUUCGUCAACUUAAAGAAUCUUUGAAAGCAAAUAAUUAUAAUGAAGCUGUAUAUUUGGUUCGUUUUUUAUCUGAUCUUGUGAAUUGUCACGUCAUUGCAGCCCCGUCAAUGGUUGCUAUGUUUGAAAAUUUUGUAAGUGUAACUCAGGAAGAGGAUGUACCUCAGGUGCGACGGGAUUGGUACGUGUACGCGUUUUUGUCAUCUUUGCCCUGGGUUGGAAAGGAGUUGUAUGAGAAGAAGGAUGCGGAGAUGGACCGCAUCUUUGCCAACACGGAAAGCUAUCUUAAGAGACGUCAAAAGACUCAUGUGCCCAUGUUACAAGUGUGGACUGCUGAGAAACCACAUCCACAAGAAGAGUAUUUAGAUUGCCUGUGGGCCCAGAUUCAGAAAUUGAAAAAGGAUCGCUGGCAGGAGCGGCACAUCCUAAGACCUUAUCUUGCCUUUGACAGCAUCCUGUGUGAAGCACUCCAGCACAAUUUGCCUCCUUUUACACCUCCUCCUCACACCGAGGACUCAGUGUACCCAAUGCCAAGGGUCAUCUUCAGAAUGUUUGAUUACACAGACGACCCCGAGGGUCCUGUAAUGCCAGGGAGUCAUUCAGUGGAGAGAUUUGUAAUAGAAGAGAAUCUUCACUGCAUCAUUAAGUCUCACUGGAAAGAAAGAAAGACUUGUGCUGCACAGCUGGUGAGCUACCCAGGGAAGAAUAAGAUCCCCUUGAACUACCACAUAGUUGAGGUGAUCUUUGCAGAGCUGUUUCAGCUUCCAGCACCACCUCACAUCGAAGUGAUGUACACGACGCUGCUCAUCGAGCUGUGCAAGCUGCAGCCUGGCUCUCUACCCCAAGUCCUUGCACAGGCGACCGAAAUGCUGUACAUGCGUUUGGACACGAUGAGCACCACAUGUGUAGACAGGUUUAUUAAUUGGUUUUCCCAUCAUCUAAGUAACUUCCAGUUCCGUUGGAGCUGGGAAGAUUGGUCAGAUUGUCUUACUCAAGAUCCUGAAAGUCCCAAACCAAAGUUUGUACGAGAAGUUCUAGAAAAAUGCAUGCGGUUGUCUUACCAUCAGCGGAUAUUAGAUAUUGUUCCUCCCACCUUCUCAGCUCUGUGUCCUGCAAACCCCACCUGCAUUUACAAGUAUGGAGAUGAAAGUAGCAAUUCUCUUCCUGGACAUUCAGUCGCCCUCUGUUUAGCUGUUGCCUUUAAAAGCAAAGCCACCAAUGAUGAGAUCUUCAGCAUCCUGAAAGACGUCCCCAACCCCAACCAGGAUGACGAUGACGAUGAAGGGUUCAGUUUCAAUCCACUGAAAAUAGAGGUCUUCAUGCAGACUCUGCUGCACUUGGCAGCCAAAUCGUUCAGCCACUCCUUCAGCGCCCUCGCAAAGUUUCAUGAAGUCUUCAAAACCCUGGCUGAAAGUGAUGAAGGAAAGUUGCAUGUUCUGAGGGUCAUGUUCGAGGUCUGGAGGAACCACCCACAGAUGAUUGCUGUACUGGUAGAUAAGAUGAUUCGUACUCAGAUUGUCGACUGUGCGGCAGUAGCAAAUUGGAUCUUCUCUUCAGAACUGUCUCGUGACUUUACUAGGUUGUUUGUUUGGGAAAUUUUGCACUCCACAAUUCGUAAGAUGAACAAACACGUUCUGAAGAUCCAGAAAGAGCUGGAAGAAGCUAAAGAAAAACUCGCAAGGCAACACAAACGGAGAAGUGACGACGACGACAGAAGCAGUGACAGGAAAGACGGGGCUCUGGAGGAGCAAAUAGAAAGACUGCAGGAAAAAGUGGAGUCUGCCCAGAGUGAACAAAAGAACCUCUUCCUCGUCAUAUUUCAGCGGUUCAUCAUGAUCCUGACCGAGCACUUAGUACGUUGUGAGACUGACGGGACCAGCGUGUUAACUCCGUGGUACAAGAACUGUAUAGAGAGGCUUCAGCAGAUCUUCUUACAGCACCACCAAAUCAUCCAGCAGUACAUGGUGACCCUGGAGAACCUGCUCUUCACUGCUGAACUAGACCCUCACAUCCUGGCCGUGUUCCAGCAGUUCUGUGCCCUGCAGGCCUAAGGGUGACUUUUUUCUCCUCAUGUCAAGACUUUUUAGAAAUUUUAUUUGUCUUAUUUUUGAUGGCUUGAAUGCUUGCUUUCUUGUAGCAUCCUUUUACUGUCUAAAGGAAACAGAAAGAGGACGACAGUGAAGAAUAUGGCAUUGAUUACCUGUAAUUGCUCCUAAAAAGCAAAUACUCCUAAUGACAAUGUGACGAUAACCUUAGGAUGUAUUAUAUACAUGACAUACAACUUUUCUGACUUUCUCCCUCUUUAAGGCACAAAAGAUAACUGGUCUGAGGUAUGUGAACACUAGAGGUCAAGCUAACACAGUAGUAUACAGAACCAGUGGGUUUCUUACCAAGUAGCAUAGCUUUUCACAGGUCGUGGAUAACCUAACGUGGCUAAAAUAAAACUAAAAAUAUGUUUUUUAAA